AUGGCCGACGCAGACGAGGGCUUUGGCCUGGCGCACACACCCCUGGAACCUGACUCAAAGGAUCUGCCCUGCGACUCCAAGCCCGAGAGCACGCUAGGGGCCCCCAGCAAAUCCCCGGCGUCCCCACAGGCUGCCUUCACCCAGCAGGGCAUGGAAGGGAUCAAGGUGUUUCUCCACGAAAGAGAGCUGUGGCUGAAAUUUCACGAAGUAGGAACGGAAAUGAUCAUAACCAAGGCUGGGAGGCGGAUGUUUCCCAGUUACAAAGUGAAGGUGACAGGCCUUAAUCCCAAAACGAAAUACAUUCUCCUCAUGGACAUUGUUCCGGCCGAUGACCACAGAUACAAGUUUGCAGAUAAUAAGUGGUCUGUGACGGGCAAAGCAGAGCCCGCCAUGCCGGGCCGUCUUUACGUGCACCCGGACUCGCCAGCCACGGGGGCGCAUUGGAUGCGGCAGCUGGUCUCCUUCCAGAAACUCAAGCUCACCAACAACCACCUGGACCCAUUCGGGCACAUUAUUCUAAAUUCCAUGCACAAAUACCAGCCCAGAUUACACAUCGUAAAGGCGGAUGAAAAUAAUGGAUUUGGCUCAAAAAAUACUGCGUUCUGCACCCACGUCUUUCCUGAGACGGCGUUUAUCGCGGUGACUUCCUACCAGAACCACAAGAUCACCCAAUUAAAGAUUGAGAAUAAUCCCUUCGCCAAAGGAUUCCGGGGUAGUGAUGACAUGGAGCUGCACAGAAUGUCAAGAAUGCAAAGUAAAGAAUAUCCUGUGGUUCCGAGGAGCACAGUAAGACAAAAAGUAGCCUCCAACCACAGUCCUUUCAGCAGUGAGCCUCGAGCUCUCUCUGCUUCAUCCAACUUGGGGUCCCAGUACCAGUGCGAGAAUGGUGUGUCCGGCCCCGCCCAGGACCUCCUGCCCCCACCCAACCCAUACCCACUGCCCCAGGAGCACGGUCAGAUUUACCAUUGCACCAAGAGGAAAGAUGAAGAAUGUUCCACCACGGACCAUCCCUACAAGAAGCCCUACAUGGAGACGUCGCCCAGUGAGGAGGACCCUUUCUACCGCUCCGGCUACCCCCAGCAGCAGGGCCUGAGCGCCUCCUACAGGACAGAGUCCGCCCAGCGGCAGGCCUGCAUGUAUGCCAGCGCCGGGCCGCCCAGCGAGCCGGUGCCCAGCCUGGAGGACAUCAGCUGUAACACGUGGCCCAGCAUGCCUUCCUACAGCAGCUGCACGGUCACCACGGUGCAGCCCAUGGACAGGCUCCCCUACCAGCACUUCUCGGCCCACUUCACCUCGGGGCCCCUGGUCCCCCGGCUGGCUGGCAUGGCCAACCACGGCUCCCCGCAGCUCGGAGAGGGAAUGUUCCAGCACCAGACCUCCGUGGCCCACCAGCCUGUGGUCAGGCAGUGUGGGCCUCAGACUGGCCUGCAGUCCCCCGGCGGCCUGCAACCGUCCGAGUUCCUCUAUUCUCACGGCGUGCCACGGACCCUGUCCCCGCACCAGUAUCACUCGGUGCACGGCGUUGGCAUGGUGCCAGAGUGGAGUGAGAACAGCUAAAGUGAGGACUGCUUCCUCACAGACAGUUGCUAGAGAGAGAGAGAGAGAG